ACCCUCCUUUUGGCUCAGUCAUUCCUUCCCCACCUAGCUUGUUACAAUCACUGCACAUGUGGUUAUUCUCCCUGAAGCAUCUUAUAGCAUACUGCCUGUCCCUGCCUUUCAGCUUUAGCUAUCUGCCCCUAGAGUUUACAUCUUGCCCUUGCUUUUGGCUGCACUUAUUUGCCCCCUUUAUCCUCUCAGCUAUAGAUAACUUCCCUUGGAUUCUAGUGUCUUCCCCUUAUCCUAUAUCUGAGCACAUCCUUUCUGGGCACUUGUGAUCUAAAACAGAAGCUAUAUUUAUUUUACUAUGGGUACUCCGGGGGACAUUGGCUCUUUUACAGUUUGGGACUACCUGGUGUUUGCUCUGAUGCUGCUGAUCUCAGCAGUUAUUGGAAUCUAUUAUGCUUUUGCUGGGGGUGGACAGAAGACCUCUAAAGAUUUCCUGAUGGGUGGGAGAAGCAUGACUGCCGUGCCUGUGGCCCUAUCCCUAACUGCCAGCUUCAUGUCUGCAGUUACAGUGCUGGGCACACCAGCAGAAGUGUACCGCUUUGGAGCCAUGUUCAGCAUAUUUGCCAUCACUUACCCCAUAGUGAUGGUGAUCAGCUCAGAAGUCUUCCUGCCGGUGUUCUACAGACUGGGCAUCACUAGCACUUAUGAGUACCUUGAACUCCGCUUUAAUAAGUUUGUCCGGCUCCUCGGCACUAUCAUUUUCAUCAUACAAACGAUUUUAUACACUGGAAUUGUUAUUUAUGCUCCUGCUUUGGCUUUAAAUCAAGUGACUGGGUUUGACCUGUGGGGUGCUGUUGUUGCCACUGGGGUGGUUUGUACCUUCUACUGCACAAUGGGAGGUCUGAAAGCUGUGGUCUGGACAGACGUGUUCCAAGUUGGGAUUAUGGUGGCUGGGUUUUCAGCUGUAAUCAUAAGAGCAGUUGUGGUUCAGGGUGGCAUUGGACCUAUUUUGGACGAUUCUUACUAUGGAGAUAGAUUAGAUUUAUGGGAUUUUAAUCCUAGCCCUCUGCAAAGAAAUUCCUUUUGGACAUUUGUUGUUGGCGGAACGUUUCUUUGGACAGGGGUUUAUGGAAUAAACCAAUCUCAAGUUCAGAGAUACAUUGCUUGUAAAACCAGGUUUCAAGCUAAAAUGGCUUUGUAUGUGAAUCUUCUUGGACUUUGGGCAAUUCUGGCUUGUGCUGUAUUGAGUGGAUUGGCCAUGUAUUCAAUUUAUAAAGACUGCGAUCCCUGGACUGCCAAGUUUGUGUCUGCCCCAGACCAGCUGAUGCCCUACCUGGCUUUGGAUAUUCUGCGGGAUUACCCAGGACUCCCAGGGCUUUUUGUUUCAUGUGUUUACAGUGGGACAUUAAGUACGGUUUCCUCCAGCAUAAACGCUUUAGCUGCUGUAACAGUGGAAGACCUUAUAAAGCCUUACUUCAAAUCCCUCAGUGAAGCGAAGAUGUCUUGGAUCUCCAAAGGAACAAGUCUCGUAUAUGGGGCAAUAUGCAUUGCAAUGGCUGCUCUGGCAUCUCUGAUGGGUGGCUUGUUACAGGCAUCUAUAUCUAUAUUUGGUAUAAUUGGGGGCCCUUUGCUGGGCCUGUUUACCCUGGGGAUCAUCUUCCCGUUUGCUAAUUCACUAGGUGCUGUAAUUGGUCUCCUGUCUGGCUUUACAAUCUCCCUGUGGGUUGGCAUCGGAUCCCAGAUUUAUCCCCCGCUUCCAUCCAGCAAUUUAGCCAAACCUCUCUCACUAGAGGGCUGCAAUUUCACAAGCAUUGAAAGUAACUGGACUUCCACUGUGAUGCCCAUGAUGACAACCCUUUUUCCCGAAACACAAGUCAGCAGCAGGCCAGAACUUGCAGAUAGCUGGUACUCGCUAUCAUAUCUGUAUUUCAGUACUCUUGGGACACUAGUUUCAGUUGUAGUUGGUCUAAUCGUCAGCUUGCUUUCAGGAGGGUUAAAGCAAAAUAUAAACCGUGAUUUCCUCUUAACAUCUGAAGACUUUUCCUACUUGAAUGUUCUCUUCUCUUCUUGCAAAAAGAAAGGGCAGGAAGAAAAAGUUGAAGUGUUGAACUGGAAGUCACGUAGUACAGAUACUUAUGUGGAACAAGGCACAGAUAAUCCUGCAUUUAAUCAUAUGGAAAUGACCUCUGCGGAAAAAAGAGAGAAAAUUAAUGGAAUUAUUGCUUAAAAUCUGUCAAUAUACUUUUCUGUUUAAUAAAGAGGAAACAUCAUGUGGACAAGCUGGAACUCAACUGGCAAGUUAAAGAUAUUUACAAAGGACAGACAUGUGCAAAG